CAUGUACAUAUAUAAAAGCAGUGAUUUCAUUGUGAACUAUCAGUUUCAUUAAAUGUUUCUAAGUGACCGAUAAAUUUUUCAGUUGAGUUCACAAAUAUUAUUUUGCAAGUUUGUCAUCAUGAAAGAUUUAAGGUGGACAUUUAUGUUGUGUUUGGAUCUGACAGUUCUCUUUUUUAAAGUACCAAAAAUUAGUAGCUGUGACAUGCUUAGUGAAGUUGAAGCAAAUAUUAGUAUCGUUUCCAGAAAUGAAUGGCAAGCACGAGAGCCAAAGCUUAUUGAAAAGUUUUCAGGCAAAAUACCAUUUGUCAUAAUUCAUCACUCCUAUAAACCAAGCGUAUCAUAUACGGAAAAUGGGUGUAAAAGAGCAAUGCAAAAUAUACAGGAAUUCCAUCAGUUGUCAAAUGGAUGGAAUGACAUUGGUUAUAGCUUUGCGGUAUGUGGUGACGGUCAAAUUUAUAUGGGUCGAGGAUUUAAUGUAAUUGGUGCACAUUCACCACGUUAUAAUGACAAAAGCAUUGGAAUCUGCUUAAUCGGAGAUUGGAGAAUUGAAUUACCACCACAACAAAUGCUCGAUGUGACACAGUCUCUUAUUCAAUAUAGUAUGAAAAAUGGCUAUUUAACAUCAACUUACAAAAUUCUUGGCCAUCGACAAGUUCGUGCAACGGAAUGUCCUGGACAAAGACUUUUUGAUGAAAUUAAUACAUGGAGCCAUUUUUCAAAAAUACCAAACGGACCAAUUGAUACUCAAAUUCCUUAAUUAAUUCGGAUAAAUUCCCUGUAUUUACAUGAGAACACUAAUAAAAAAAUUUAAUUUAAACAAUUGAC